ACUACCUAAACGGCAUAAUUCCUAAAGAAUGGGGCUCUACGAAGUUGCGCAACAUUUCUGUAGUUAUAAACCGAUUGACUGGUUCAAUCCCGAAGGAACUGGGAAACAUAUCCACACUCUGGGAAUUAAAUGUCGAGAGCAAUCAGCUUUCCGGAGCUCUUCCUCCAGACCUAGGGAACUUGUCCCAGUUAAUUCAAUUGCAGCUUACUUCAAAUAAUUUCACCGGGGAGCUGCCUCAGAGAUUUGCUGAACUGACAGCAUUGCAGGACCUGCGACUUGGUGACAAUCAGUUCACAGGAAAGAUACCUGAUUUUAUUCAGAACUUUACAAAUCUCAGCGUACUGUUUAUUCAAGCAAGUGGAUUGCAAGGGCCAAUUCCCUCCAGAAUUACACUUUUAGAGAAAUUGACUGACCUGAGAAUAAGUGACCUUAAUGGAACUGAGUCCCAAGUUCCACGUCUUAAUAGUGCAAACAUCAAGACACUGAUUCUGAGGAGCUGCAAUCUCAUAGGAGAGCUACCUGAUUAUCUAGAAGAAAUGACAAGUUUAAAUAUAUUAGACCUCAGCUUCAACAAACUGAGUGGUAACAUCUCUAGCUCCUUCAGAAAAGUAAAUUAUCUCUAUCUGACUGGAAACCAAUUGACCGGAGCAGUCCCUGAUUCGAUCUUGGAUAGUGGAGACUCUGUGGAUCUAUCAUACAACCCCCUCACUGCUGAAGGUUCAGAAUGUCAAAACAGAUCUGUCAACUUGUUUGCAAGCUCGGCGGUUGACAAUCUAACAUUAUAUUCUGCCUCAAGUGGACUUGUCUCAUGUUUGAAAAAUCAGCCUUGUACAAAAACUUGGUAUAACCUCUACAUAAAUUGCGGUGGGAGCGAAGUAAAAAUAGGGGACAACACAUACAAGGGUGAUACAGCACAACCUACACCUUCAAGUUUCUUCCUGGGGGAUAACUGGGCCUACAGUAGCACCGGUCACUUCCUUGAUGACUCCAAGGAUACGGAUGACUAUAUAGUUGAAAAUGCAUCCACAUUGUCCAUGAAUAAUGCCCAACUUUACAUGAGUGCACGAAGUUCUCCUCUCUCUCUAACUUAUUAUGGUUUUUGUCUGAUGGAUGGACCCUACAAUGUAAGCCUUCAUUUUGCGGAGAUAUCAUUCACAGGCGACAAAACUUAUAGCAGCCUUGGCAGGCGAGUGUUUAAUGUCUAUAUACAGGGAAAAUUGGUGUUGGAAGAUUUCAACAUUGAGAGUCACGCAGGUGGAGUCAGAAAGGCAGUCAUAAAAAAUUUUAGUGCCACAGUGGCCAAUGGCAGUCUGGAUAUACGUUUCUAUUGGGCUGGGAAAGGAACCCAAAAUAUACCUACCAGAGGAUUCUAUGGUCCUCUAAUAUCUGCUAUCUCUGUCAAUCCUGACUUCAAAACCCCACAAGAGCCGGCCAGCAUAUCUACUGGGACAGUGGUUGGGAUUGUGGCUGCUAUAGUUUUUGUAAUUUUCCUUAUCCUGGUUAUCCUUUGGUGGCGAGGAUGUCUCAGACGUGAAGAUGAAAUGGCACAAGACUUGAAGGUUCUAGCAUUGCAAAUUGGUUCAUUUACCUUGCGACAGAUUAAAGCUGCCACAAACAAUUUUGAUUCUGCCAAUAAGAUUGGAGAAGGUGGUUUUGGUUCUGUAUACAAGGGUCUUCUGUCAGAUGGCACCACUAUAGCAGUGAAGCAGCUUUCAUCUAAAUCCAAGCAAGGAAAUCGUGAGUUUGUGACUGAGAUUGGGUUGAUUUCUGCUCUUCAACAUCUGCAUCUGGUGAAACUCUAUGGAUGCUGCAUUGAAGGAAAUCAACUUUUGCUGGUUUACGAGUACAUGGAAAAUAACAGUCUUGCUCGUGCUUUAUUUGGUCCUGAAGAAUUUCAGUUAAAGUUGGAUUGGCGGACAAGACACAAGAUAUGUGUGGGUAUUGCAAGGGGCUUGGCAUAUCUUCAUGAAGAAUCAAGGCUGAAGAUUGUGCAUAGAGACAUUAAAGCUACCAAUAUUUUACUGGAUAAGGAUUUCAACCCUAAAAUAUCGGAUUUUGGUUUAGCAAAGCUUGAUGAUGAGGACAACACACAUAUUAGCACCAAGAUUGCUGGAACUUAUGGAUAUAUGGCACCGGAGUAUGCAAUGCAUGGUUACCUCACUGACAAAGCCGACAUCUAUAGUUUUGGCAUCGUUGCCUUAGAAGUUGUUAGUGGCCGGAGCAACAGUAGUUCCCAAAAAAAUGAGGAAUGCUUUUAUCUACUUGAUUGGGUACGAGUUUUGAAGGAGAGAGGAAAUUUGAUAGAUUUAGUUGAUCAGAGGCUCAAUUGUCACUUUGACAAAGAGGAGGCGCUAGUAUUGAUAAAGGUAGCUCUGAUGUGUACUAAUGCAACUCCAGCACUCAGGCCACCGAUGUCAUCUGUGGUUAGCAUGCUUGAAGGCAAGGUCACUGUUCCGGUGCUGGACUCUGAAGGCGCUAUCAUGACUGAGGAGAAAAUUGAGGCCAUGAGGAAGCAUUUUAUAGGUGACAAACAUCAGGUUGUUGGUGAGAAUAUCACCAGGUCUAUGUCCACUGAUGGACCGUGGACUGGAACCGCUUCAUCUGCGUCUGCUAAUGAUCUUUAUCCAAUACUUCUGGAUACUGAUUACUGACAGAAGAAAGGUCUGUUGUGUCCUAAGUAAAAUAGUUCUUGAAAGAACUAGGGCUUUAGCUCUUGAAUUUCUCUCCGAAAUUUCUCUUUUGCUUACAUUUGAAACUGAAUGUAUAGAUAAUAUAAAGAAAACAAUGUGUUAUGCAGUGUAGUAAUUGUGUAUUGUGAACUCAUUCGUAGGGAAAGCCUAAAGACAAUGGUUUGUGAUUUGGUGGUUGUAUUUGUGCCAUUUCUUUCCAUAUUGUUAUUCAAAUAGAUAUGAUGUUGCGAC